UAUGGACGGCGAGGGAAUAGGCCUUGAACUACGAAGAUUGUCCGAAAACUUGUCAAAUUUCCUUCACUGGACCAGGAGCACAGCCUGGCCGGGCGCGAAAGACACGGCCUCAGCUACGCUAGAUUUCGCAUCCAGGAACACACUGGCGUUACC